UAGCUAAUAUAUAGUAAAUUAGUAAGAAAACCAAUAAAAUUGAAAGCAUAUAGCAGUUAAUUGAUAUAAAAUGUGAAACACAGAUGCCUUCACAAAAACAAAACUGGUUUACCGCCCACGCUAUCUCGCUCUCUCUCUCUCUGUUUCGCUCUCUCGCCUCUCCUGCUUCACACCGCAUUCGUAAACAAAGACAAUGAAAGCUCCAGUUGAACGGCUGAAAGGCCCCAAAGUCCCCAGAUUGUUUCUCGCCGUCGAGCCGAGCGCACGUACUCGAAAAAAUAACACUAAUAAUAGUAUACAAUAGUGCAGUAUUGUGUAAAACACGCGCGUCUCUGCUGUCUCGCUCUGGCACACACCCAUACCCGUGCACUCUCGCGUGCCCACACACACACACACUGAUAUACAAACAUACCUGUAAGAGAGCGAGAGAUACGAAAAAAGGUGCAUGGAAAAUCGGAAAAUCGGAACUGAAAAAGUCUGAAUUUCGCUUAAACAUAGUUAUCUAAGUACGACUGACAGUUUGAAAACGAAAGUGUCGGCAAAAAGUGUUUUAAUUAGUUAAAUAUUAUAGCAAUCCAAGAAGUAGUUCUACGUCCAUUAAAGCUCGAAAUCGUAACGGCAAACGGGAAACAUCUGGGCGCGAAAAAAUCGAUCCAGACGAUGUGAAAAUUGGCCAAAAAUUUCCUCGUACCUCCCAAAGCAAGCAACAAUUUUGGCAAAAACAACAAGACUGGGAGCGUGAAAUUGAGAUACGGCUAAAGAUACUAUAUAUAUAGUGGUGGAUGGGUAGUUAAACGGCGUGUUACGUUGAUAUCGUAGUAAACAUAAAAAUAAACCGCGGCGCAACAACCCGAGCGGCUUAGUCAUCCGUGCAAGAGAUUCGCUAUAGCUGCAGAUACUAAAAGAUACGAGAUACAAAACACCAGAUACAAUAGACAAUAAGCGGCAGACUGCGAGAUCUUAACUUUGAGCGCUUGGUAAACGAACCCAGGGGAACUCGGAAACCUGAAGGCCUAUGUAAUUGGACAAAAUUUCAGCUGCAAAGACGCUUUAUAAUACACAAAAUUCCAAUCUUGGAGAUCCCAACUUCAAGCGGUUGAUAAACCCGAAUCUAAAGGAACUUGAAAACCUGGAGACUACGUAAUUACAAGUAAAGUGCAGCAACAACAACAGGGCAACGCCUACGACACGCCAGUGAUUACAGCAACAACAUUAUUAUUUACCUAGCCAGCGUAACCUGUUGUAGGUUUUUUGUAUUGCAUUGUGGCUCACCUCUCGCCGUCUAAAAUUGGGCAUUCACAAGCGGCUUAAAUACGUGGUUAGCCAUCGUAUACCACUAUACAUAUAGGCGGAAUCUGCAAGUGGCACACCUGUGGCCACGGGUCAGUUGAACAUCAAUUGGACGACCAGUUGGAGCCACAGCAUCACCAUCACCAUCGCCAUUGGAAUCACAAUCACACAUAAUGUCGAGACUCACCGAGGAAAUGGUGAUUGCGCGGGCCAAGCAGUCCGAUCUGUCCCUGAUCAAAAAGCUUAAUUGCUGGGGCAGUGAUCUCAGCGAUGUGUCCAUCAUCAAGCGAAUGCGUGGAGUGGAAGUUUUGGCUCUGAGUGUCAACAAGAUCAGCACGCUGUCGCCCUUCGAGGAUUGCAACAAACUGCAGGAACUGUAUCUGCGCAAGAACAACAUCUCGGACAUCAACGAGAUCGCCUACCUGCAAAAUUUACCGGCCCUCAGGUAUCUUUGGCUGGAGGAAAACCCCUGCUGCGAUCGAGCGGGCGCCAACUAUCGGGCGCUCGUGUUGCGCGCCCUGCCCAACCUGAAGAAACUCGACAAUGUGGAGGUCACCCAGGAGGAGUUGGACGAUGCCCUGCGUGGGGGCGGUGGCUCCGCUACAGAGGAUGAGGUCUACGAGGAUGCCUACCAGCAGCAGCAGCAGCAGACGGCGAGAACGUCCCCGCAGCAGAUGCCGCAGCAGCAGCAGCAGCAGCACAGCUACCCGCAACACUCGCCGCCACAGCAUCAGCAGCAGCAGCAACAUCACCACCAGCAGCAUCACCAACCGCAGCAGCAGCAUCAAUCGCAGCAGCAGCGACGCAGCUCCAGUCCCAUGAAAGAGCCGCCUCAGUUGGCCAGUCCGCUGGUCAAUAACAGCAGCGAUGGAAGCAUCAGCCAAAGUGCCAGCGAUCUCCACCAGGUGCAGGCGGCCCAGCCGCUGAAGGGUUCCCAGCCACCCACACCCACCAAGGAACCCGUGCAUCCGCCAUCGCCCAUGUAUAACACCAUAACCAAAGAGCAGCGCACCUCCUACCACCAAUACGAUCGCUCGCCGGGAUCCGACCAGGAGAGUAGUCCGCACACAGCAUACAGGGAGGUGCGGCCCACGCCGCUACCGCCCAGCAUCUCUGCGCACUCGAUGAAGGAGUACUAUCAGUCGGACAGGCCCGCCUACCCGGCGCACUACCGCCACAGCCAGACGGAUCUCACCGAGUGGGAGGAGCACCAGCAGGCGCCCCAGGUGCAUCACAAUCCCUACGGCAGCCAAAUGCAGCUGCAUCAUCCGCAGCGACGCAGCGCGGGACCGGAGACGACGGCCUACCGGAAUGGCAGUGCCCGGGAGAAUGGCGGCGAAUGGGAUGCGGAGGACAGGCCCAGGUCGAGACGACCCGAGGGCAGAUAUAGUGACUCGACUACGACUUUGUCGGCCUCCGUGAUGAAUCACUAUACGGGCUACCAUCGCCGGCCUGUUAACAGGAAUUCAAACCUUCUGUCCGCCACUCUCUGUCUGGUGAAGGAGCUGGAUUACGCCAGUCUGGAGGUGCUCGAACACGCCGUGCGAUGUCGCAUCGAUGAGAUGGCGGGCGAAUGAUGAAGACGACUCUCUAAUCGCAUGUCGAUUAGCUAAUCCAAUGCCUUUGGGGAGUUUCAACAACCACAAAUGACCAGAAAAUCACUUAAAAGACAGGCAGCAGAGGAUGCCAAGGAGGAAAUAAAAUGCUGAUAUUAUACUAACGUCUUAAGCAACAAACAAAAAUGGAAACAAAUCAGAUACUUAACGGGGAUAACGAUUCAUACUUGCCAAUUGUAAACUGUCAUAGUGUAACUAGCAACUUUUGUAAGCAUUUUGUCAUGUAACGAACUUUGCUAACGGAAUCAGAAAAUGGAUGAGAAUCAUAGGAGAUAAUCGCCGAUGGAUCGUUUAAUUAAUGCUUAGAUUGAUUUCCGCCUAUUGAUCCCAGAUCCCGUUUAGUUGAGCCCCGAUCGUGCACACAGACCACAAAAACUAGCCUUCUUUUGUACUUAACUCGCGAAGAUCGAAACUAACGAACUAAUGACGCCCAAGGCGCCAAGCACAAUGUAUCUUCCUUGUUUCUUUGUAAGAUUAGUUCAAAUUUAUACUCAUGACUUUGUUAAAUAUUUUGUACACGAAAGCAAUUAACGCUAAACCUUAAUUUUAAUAUAUUUACCUAUAAUGCAAUGAAA